AUCGUGUCCGGUGGGGGUCGCCCCCCACUACCCCCUACACUAAAAUAAUGUGUCACAAUAGCAUCACCAUAAUCUGAAAAUCAGCUCAGCACAUCAUGAGUUCUGCAUUCAGACUGCAGCAGUAUUUGAAUGACCUUUUAAAAAAUGCAGGGCACGAGCGGAUCACGCAGGAGCAGCUGUCGGCGCUGGUUGCGGCCGCCGCCGAGAAGCCGGCCGUCUCCCAGACCCAAGUGCACCGCGCCAUCAAACACCUCUCUCACGGCAACGCCGACACUCAGCUGAUCCGCAGGAAAUACGAGGACAUCAAGAAAAAGGACCUCUGCCCGCACCUGGACCGUGUGCUGGUUCUCCUCUCCCGGCGCACGGCCGGAGACAGCUGGGUGACGGGCACCUCCUCGUCCUCGGCUGCUCCGCCCUCGACCGACGCGCCCACCCCGGCCCCGGCAGCCGCCCCGGCUCCGGCUCCUGCCGUCCCGGAGACCCGCAGCAGGAGCCAGGUGGACCAGCUGGCUGUCUCGGAGCUGAGGGAGGCGCUGAAGCGGGAGGUGGGCUCGCCGCAGCCGACGGUGGCGGCAGCGGCGACCCUCUCUGCUCGUCUGCAGCAGCAGCAGGGCGGCGCGCCGCGCCAGUCGUCUCCGUACCCGGUACCGGACUGGCUGGCCGAGCGACCCUACAUGACCCGCGGACUGGUCACCGCCGGGCCGCCGGCCGACCGGCUGGCGCCCGCGCUGGCGCCGCUCGGCGACUUACCGAUCGCCACCCAGGAGGCCACCGUGAUCGAGGACGUGCUGUUCUGUCUGUCCGGUGUGGACGGAGAGUACAUCAGCGUGUCGCAGGGCGACUGCAGGAUCGACGGCACCAUCGACCCGGCGUUGCAGGAGACGGUGCGCCAGAUCAGCCCGCUUUUCGCGCACUUUGCCACGGUGAUGGCGUUCGCCGAGGAGUCUACGUUUGUUCCCGGACAGGUGGUCCAGGCGCUGGGUGCCGCGCUGCGCAGCCACGUCAAAAACUACCUGGUGCUGAUAGCGCAGCUGGAGACACAGCACCGCGCCGGUGAGCUGACGAUGCAGCGUCUCUGGUUCUACCUGCAGCCCAGCCUGCGAACCAUGGAGAUACUGGCCGACGUGGCCGACACCGUGUUUCAGCACGGACUGCAGAGUGGCCAGAUUCUCAGCCUGCUACACGACCGUUGUCUGACGGGCGACGAGCGAACCCAGCAGCUCUGCCUGCACCUGGUACAGGCCGCCGCCGUGCCCUACAUGAGGAUCCUCGAGAGCUGGAUCUACAAGGGGUCCAUAUCAGACCCUUAUCGAGAGUUUCUGGUCGAAGAUAACGAGGUCUCUGGUCGGGAGCGACUCAACAUUGACUACAGCGAUGACUACUGGGAGAAGCGGUACACGAUCGCACCGCACAAGAUCCCCACCUUCCUGGCCAAGGUGGCCGACAAGCUGCUGCGCACCGGCAAAUACCUCAACGUCAUCAGACAGUGCGACGAGAACCUACGGUGCCCGGAGGCGCCCACGCUGGUGUACUCUCCACGCGAGCGGCACUACGUGGACGCUAUCGACCGCGCCUACGCCUACUCGAGCAAGACCCUGCUGCGGCUGCUUAUGGAUGCCAAGGACCUCAUGGGACGCCUCCGGUCGGUGAAGCACUACUACCUGAUGGACCAGGGCGACUUCAUUGUGCAGUUCAUGGACCUGUGUGAGCCUGAGCUGCAGAAGAACAUCAGCGACAUCUUACCCACCAAGCUGGAGAACCUGCUGGACCUGGCACUGCGCACCUCGGCCGCCAAGAGUGACCCGUACAAGGACGACCUGAGACCCGAGCUGCUCGGUUACGACCUCAACACACAAAUGAUGAAGAUACACUCCAUCGAGACGUAUGAGGAGAAAGAGCACUGGGCUCCGGCCGAGCACCUGGCCAUCAGCGGCCUGCAGGCGUUUACGUUCGGCAGCGCCGUCACCUGGCCCGUCUCUCUGGUGCUGAACCGGAAGGCGCUGGCCUGCUACCAGAUGAUGUUCAGACACCUGUUCUACUGCAAACACGUCGAGAGGCAGCUCUGCCAACUGUGGGUGUCGAACAAGGUGGUGAAGCAGUUUGCUGACGGCGGUGACCGCGGCUAUGCGCCGGCGUUCGCGCUGCGCCAGCGGAUGCUGACCUCGGUGCAGAACCUGCUCUACUACAUGACCAGUGAGGUGGUCGAGCCCAGCUGGCAAAACUUCAUCGCCAAAAUGCAGCAGGUCACAAACGUGGACGAGGUGCUGCAGCUGCACAACGACCUGCUGAACGGCUGUAUGCGCGACUGCAUGCUGACGCGUCCGGAGCUGCUGCGCACCGUCAGCCGCCUGCUGACCGUCUGCGUCACCUUCGUCAGCUUCCUGCAGUCGCCGGAGCCGGAGGAGGCCUCGGACAGCGUCACUUUCGCCGCCUCAGUGGCCGAAAUGGACGCGCAGUUCACCUCCGUCCUGCUGACCCUGCUGGACAAUAUCUCGGACUUCGGACGGGAGAACUACAACGCCAAACUCAUCAGCAUACUCUACAGGCUGGAUUUCAACGGUUUCUACACGGAGCAGCUGGAGCAGCGGGCCGGGGCGCGGUCUCACUCAGCGAGCUCGCAGAGCGGACUACUCUGAGCUGUCGGUAUGCCUGUCUGCAUGACGACAAGACAAAGGUCAGUUUUGGCGAGCCGCCGCAGUGACCUCUUACGUCAGUCCCAGUCAGGAUGGUUAACACACAGAAACAGUUGGGAUCAUCCACAUUCGAAAAGGUGGCGAGGGCAGCCUCCGGGCUAGAUUGACACACUGACGCGCUCGUGGAACCUGCAAGUGUGACAGCCCGGUUAGCUGCGACUGUCGUCCUGCUGUACGCAUUCCUCGUCGAUCGAAGCUUGGUGAGCCGCUGGCCACGUGCGACCGACCCCCUUUGAUAGUGUUCCUCGAAGAGGUCGACACGAAAACGAACGGUGUGGCCUCCUGAGAUAGAGGAUCUAACACGUACCGCAACAAACCCAAGGUACAUGGGCUAGCCAAACGUGAGUUCAUGUCAUAGCGAGUUGACAGCUGUUCUUCCCAAAAACGCAAUCUAAGCAGGCCUGCUUAGCAAGUGUUGUGAGCGCUUACAAAGUGUACAGUGAGUGGCGGACCGUCGCUGCUGAUGCUGAGAAUCGGUAGCUUUCAUUCCGGGAGACAGCUCCCCACGGCUGUAUGUUGAGACACCUAAUGUUAACUUGUUAAUGCUUGUGUAACAAACUGACCUGGUUUCGUGCUGAAGGAGACUAGGACUCGUUGGCGCGGCUGUGGACGAUUUCCAGUCAGUGUGAAUGGUGGUUCAGCGAGAAACAUGAAUGUCAUUUGUCCAAUGUUUGCUAACGGUAAUGUAACCUGUUUCAUAAACGCGAACCGCUGUGCCUUCAGAUACACAGUGCCAAGGCCAC